AUGGUACUAUUACCAACUUUGUCAGGUUUAACAUCAGUCGAAAUAAAUCCUCAUAAUCAUAAUCAAAUUAAACAGAAGAAGAAAAAGGAUGAUAUUAAACCUCAGUCAAGUAGUAAUAAUAAUAAUGAAUUCUCAAAUCAAUAUGGCUAUAUCUCACCUGACACUUUUUCCAAUGAAUCAGAUACAAAAGACGAAGGGUUUUUAAAACAAAGAGCUCAUGCAUUGAAGGAAAAAUUACAAUUAAAUCAAGAAGAUAUGCCAAUACAAAUCCAUUUAAAAACUAAUAAUAAAUCAAAACCGAAUGAUAAUACCGAAGGUGGGUUGAGGAAUAGAAAAAAGGAAAAAUUGGAUUUGAAUACUGAUCCAAAUACUUAUGAUUAUGAUUUAGAUGAUUUAAUCAAGGAAGAAACUAGUAAUGCCCAAAAACAACAACAAAAAGAAUUUUAUAAAGAUCAAAUAUUUGGCAAAGAGAAAGAAGCAAUGGUUUAA